AUGAUGGUGAUUAGUUCAUAACACUCAUCGACCGAGACGAGGAUUAUCGGGGUCGUCUCUGGUCAAACGUCGGAAUCAUCAAGACUCUCUCUUUCUCUCCGUGAUAGAUCCAUCUGAACCUGACGUCACCAACCCAUCUAUCCAUCUCCCCCAUCAAAUUCUGGGUUUUGGAUUUUUCUCCGUGAUCUCUUCUCCCGAUCGAGCUUCUGCUGGAGAGUGUCUGAAUAUUGCCGAAUUUGGUGUUUUCUCGGACUAUCUGCUUCACGGGUAACUUGAACAGUCGAAUUCGGUCUGAGAUAUUUACAUGUCGGGAAAUUCCGCUCCGGUCAGUCAACGGGGUACCGGGGGUUUUCAGGUUUCAUAUUGUUUGUUACAGCAUCUUCUUGGAGAUAAUAUUUUGGAAGAGAGAAAGACGAACACGAACUGAGGAUGAGGAACAAACACAUCAAGAAACCAACAUCUUUGUGUUGCGAUAAUCCAGGCAGCCGAUGUUCACCCCCUGCUGUAGUAUGGACAGUUGUAGGGUUUCUCCUCUUUAUCCAUCUUGUCACUCUCUAUAGCAGAAAAGAUAGCAUAAGCCGGGAAAUUUCUUCUGCAUUGCUGAUUCAUCAUCCUGUGGUUCGUGAACUUGAGCGGGUGGAAGAAGAGAACAUUCAAAUGCCGCCAACUAGGAAGCGCUCCCAACAUGCAACUAAACGGAAAACAAAACGUCUGGCACCUUUGGUUGAGGAGUUUCUUGACGAAAAUUCGCAGAUUCAUCAUGUUUUCUUUCCGGGUAUGAAAACGGCUGUUGACCCCACCAAGAAUAUGGGUAACAAUACCUUCUAUUACUCCCCGGGUAAAAUUUGGUUGGAUACUGAAGGAGUUCCUAUUCAAGCCCAUGGAGGAGGGAUUUUGUAUGAUGAGAGAUCUAAAACCUACUACUGGUACGGAGAAUAUAAAGAUGGACUGACCUAUCAUGCUCACAAGAAAGGGCCAGCCCGGGUGGAUGUCAUAGGAGUGGGCUGCUAUUCUUCAAAAGACUUGUGGUCAUGGAAGAAAGAAGGAAUUGUACUAUCAGCAGAAGAAACGAACAAGACUCACGAUCUACAUAAAUCCAACGUCUUAGAACGACCAAAAGUGAUUUACAAUGAGAAGACACGGAAAUAUGUGAUGUGGAUGCAUAUCGAUGAUGCAAACUACACUAAAGCUUCAGUUGGUGUGGCCAUAAGCGAUCACCCAGCAGGACCCUUUAACUAUUUGUACAGCAAACGCCCACACGGGUUUGACAGCAGGGACAUGACAGUCUUCAAGGACGAUGACGGAGUUGCCUAUCUAAUAUACUCGUCUGAGGAAAACGGUGUUCUUCAUAUUGGCCCCCUCACCGAUAAUUACCUUGAUGUGAAGCCAGUAAUGGAGAGAAUAAUGGUGAGACAGCACAGAGAAGCUCCGGCCUUGUUCAAGCACCAGGGCACGUACUACAUGAUCACAUCGGGCUGCACUGGCUGGGCACCGAAUGAAGCCCUGGCUCAUGCCGCCGAGUCCAUAAUGGGACCAUGGGAGACACUGGGCAACCCUUGUAUAGGCGGCAACAAGAUUUUCCGAUUGACCACGUUCUUUGCACAGAGCUCGUACGUGAUACCGCUGCCAGGUGUACCGGGCAUGUUUAUAUUCAUGGCGGAUAGGUGGAACCAGGCUGAAUUACGGGAUUCAAGAUACGUGUGGCUACCGUUGAUUGUGGGUGGACCGUCUGAUCAUCCUCUGAAGCUGAAUUCCGGGUUCCCGUUGUGGUCAAGAGUGUCGAUAUACUGGCACAGGAGAUGGCGGCUUCUAUAAUGGUGGAAGAUGCUCUCCUUGAACGAACAGCAAAACCAGAAAGUGGUUUUCUUUUUCUGCCGGUACUGUAGCUGUCCUCUUGGUCUUCUUGUAUUGUCUAUUGUUGUUGUUGCUGUUCUUGUGCUUUGUUUCGGUCUACAGCUUACAUUUCAGAGUUAGAGUUUGGAGGUUUAUACGAUGAGUUCUGACUGAA